AUGCAGGCCGGGAAGAAGGACGACAAAGCCACAAACAAGGCCAAGCCCGCUGCUUCCAGCUCUGGCGCCAAGGCCAAGAAGAAGAAGUGGUCCAAGGGAAAGGUCAAGGACAAGGCCAACAACGCCGUCGUCCUGGACAAGAACACCUACGAUAAGCUGUUCAAGGAGGUUCCCACCUACAAGCUCAUCACCCCCUCGGUCCUCGUUGAUCGUCUCCGCAUCGGCGGCUCUCUCGCUCGUCUUGCCAUCCGCGAGCUCGAGAGCAAGGGUCUCAUCCGCGCUGUUGACACCCACGCUUCGCAGCUUAUCUACACUCGCGCCACCAAGGCUCCCAAGAAGAAGGCUGCUGAUGAUUCUGACGACGAAUAA